AUGGUCGUUAGCGGAGGCAAAUCUUUGAAGCGCGUGAAGAAGAGAGUCACCGCCGAUCACCACGAUUUUUUUACGUUCCCCUCAUCAUCCCUCGCCGCCUCAGAAAACUUCUCCGUCAAUCCAUUCCGCUCCAACAUCCGCUCGUUUCUCACGAAGUACGCGCUCCUCCCGCCGCCGUCGGCUCUGUUCCCCCACCUCCUGACGUGGCAGAUCCUCUUCCGUGUAGGUGAGGUCACCGAAGGCUCUGAAUCUGGCCCGGCUGUGGUGUGCCUCGACGUCGUGGAAGAGGACGUGGCCAGAUCUAGAUCCGUUUACUGCGAUCAGUGUCGAGUUUUCGGUUGGAGCGGCAACCCAGUGUGCGGGAAACGCUACCAUUUUAUAAUCAAAGCUGAUGGGGGAUCAAUUGGUGGAUACCACAAACCGUGUAUGUGUUGUGGAGACAGUUUGCAUUUGUCAGAAUCCAAGUGUAAGUCAUGCAACCAUGUAACAACAAGUGAUGAUGUGGAAGAAUGGGUAUACCACCAACUAGAGAACACAAGUCAUCUUUUACAUGGUGUAGUCCAUGCAAAUGGUUAUGGGCACCUUCUCCGGGUCAAUGGCAGAGAAGGGGGAUCUAGAUUUCUUUCUGGUUGCCAUAUUAUGGAUUUCUGGGAUCGCCUAUGCAAGACACUUGGAGUUAGAAAAGUUAGUGUGAUGGAUGUUUCAAAGAAAUAUGGGCUAGAGUAUCGCUUGCUCCAUGCCAUUAUGAAGAGACAUCCGUGGUAUGGUGAGUGGGGAUAUAAUUUUGGCUCUGGCAGCUAUUGUCUUACAAAGGAAGCAUAUAAGUCGGCUGUUGACAACCUAUCCAAUCUACCCCUGUCCAUCUUUCUCUCCCAGGAACAAAAGCCCCACUCACGUGUGCAGGAUAUGAUCUUGUAUUACCAGUCUUUGUCAGAGCAUGAGCUCGUAAAUAUGAGGGACCUAUUUUGUUUUUUGAUGGGUUUGAUGCACAGUGCUCGCAAGAAUGCUUCUAAGUCUGAUGAUGUAACUUGCAAGAAGCGUCGGUUUGAUGCUUCUGGAUUAUCAAGUUCUUGGGGGAAGAGUGACAUUGAACGAGUGGAGGAAGCCAUGCUCAGAGUGCUGCGUGCAGUUUCUGGGUCUAACUGGGUGAGCCGCCGUGCUCUUAGAGGUGCUGUUUGCAAGGUGGCGUCUCCAGAACUUCUUGAUUAUUGCCUUGCUGAACUGGGAGGGAAAGUGGUGUAUGGUGGUGUUGUUAACAGCAGAUGCAAUCCUCAAACUGGAGUUGAGGAAUUCAGAAUUGAUGCGACAAGCUUCGAUGGAUUUAUGGCCAACGGUAAUUCUUCAGGCUCAAAGUGCCCAUCUGAAGAGAAUCUCCUGCAAUGCUUGAGAUAUUUAUACGAGUCUUUGCUUCAUCCACGGAUGAUGCUAAAUUAUGUCGAUGAAGAGACAAGAACGCUUGCAAUGAGCUCAGCUCAGAAGCUUCUAGACUGCAAGCAAUUAAUAAAAGAUUAUUGUACUGAGAUGUUGCCAGUGUCAGAUUUGUAUAAAAUACGCAUCUCAUGUCAGGUUGAGCUAGGUGAUCAACCAGAAGAUCCCGCAGCUAGAACUCCUCCUGAAAUAAUUGUGCUGCCCACAAAUGCGACAGUAUCUGACCUUAAGAUUGAAGCAGCAAAUGUUUUUCAAGACGUAUAUCUAAUGUUUAGAAGAUUUCAAGUUGACGAAUUACUUGGCUACAGCGGUGUAGACGAUUCCACCCAGGUCAAGAACUUGUUAAAACCACAUGAAGUGGUUUGUAUCCGAGGAAGAUGCUCCGGGAAGAAUGGGUUGAGCAAGUUUCGAAUGGAACGGGGACUUGAGAGGUGGACUGUGGAGUGCAGCUGUGGGGCUAAGGAUGAUGAUGGAGAGAGAAUGAUGGCUUGUGAUACAUGUGGAGUAUGGCGGCACACCAGGUGUUCUGGCAUUCCUGAUACUGCUCCUGUUCCAGGACGUUUUGUUUGCCUGAGAUGCCAAAAUUGUGAUUCAAAGCCUGUCUCUGGAGGACACAUAAAAGAUGAGACUGUGGCUAGUGUUAGUACCACUAGAAGUAGUUGCUUUGGCAAUAGCGUGCCAGUGCUUUCUGAUGUUCGUUAG